CAAACAAAAAUGGAAAGCAUUCACAUCCUAAUGUUCCCAUGGCUGGCCCACGGCCACAUCUCCCCUUACCUGGAGCUCGCCAAGCGCCUCUCACGCCGUAACUUCGUCGUCCACCUCUGCUCCACCGCCGCCAACUUCAAGUCCAUCGAGGGCAGCCUCACCGCCUCCAUCCGCCUCGUCGAGCUCCACCUCCCGGCCUCGUUCCUACCGCGCCGCCUCCACACCACCAACGGCCUACCGCCGCUGCUCAUGCCGCGCCUCAAGCAGACGCUCGACGUGGCCCAGCCGGAGCUCCGCCGCGUCCUCGCAGACGUCCGCCCCGACAUCCUCGUCUACGACUUCCUCCAGCCGUGGGCGCCGCUGGUGGCGGCGGCGCACGGCGUCCCCGCGGUGGAGUUCAUCACCAGCAGCGCCACCAUGAUGGCCUACCUCUUCCACUACUUCUCCACCCCGACCGUGGACUUCCCAUUCGGGGAGAUCUACUACCGGGACUACGAGCUCGUCCACCGCGAGCAGAUGCUUGCGGUGGACGAGAAGGUGAGGAAGAACGCGUUCGAUGGCGUUGACCGGUCAAACAACGUCGUUUUGAUCAAGGGUUUUAAGGAGAUUGAGGCAAAGUAUAGUGACUAUUUGAUGGAUUUGUUGGGGAAGAAAGUUGUGGCUGUUGGUGCCCUAGUUCAAGAAACUAGUGGUAUUAGUUGUGAAUUGGAAGAGGGCUCAAGUUUGAUUAAUUGGCUAGACAAAAAGGGGAAAAGGUCUACUAUUUUUGUCUCUUUUGGGAGUGAGUUUUUUCUUGCUAGGGAGGAUAUGAUGGAGCUUGCUCGUGGUUUGGAGCUUUCCAGCUUCAACUUCAUUUGGGUGGUUAGGUUUCCAAAAGGGGAGGGUGUUGUUCUAGAAGAUUCCUUGCCACUAGGGUUUCUUGAGAGGGUUAAGGGUAGGGGUUUGGUGGUGGAGGGGUGGGCCCCACAGGCUAAGAUUCUAGGGCAUGAGAGUGUUGGUGGUUUUGUGAGCCAUUGUGGGUGUAGCUCAAUGAUGGAGAGCAUGAAGUUUGGUGUGCCAAUCAUAGCUAUGCCAAUGCAUCUUGACCAACCACUCAAUGCUAGGUUGGUUGAGCUAAUUGGUGUGGGUGUGGAGGUGGUGAGGAACGGCCGAGGGGCGCUUGAAAGGGAGGUGAUCGCGGAAGCCAUACGCCACGUUGUGGUGGAGGAGGGCGGCAAUAGGGUGCGGAGGAUUGCUAAGAGCAUGAGUGAAAAGCUCGAGGCUAAAGGAGAUCAAGAGAUUGAUGAGGUUGUGGAGGAGUUUCUAAAGCUUUGCAAGAAGAAGAACAAGAAGAUCAAUGGGUUUCAUUGA